GUGAAUGAUUCGAAUGCAAUUUAGUGUGUUUCAUUCAUUUCAAACAACAAGAUGGGUGCACAUAACAAAAACCUUCGUGUUGCUUUAAGCUUCACAUUAAUUGCGCUUGUUUUAAUUUUUAUAGCGUUUGUUUCACCCUAUUGGCUUGUUUUUGACGGAAAACUGAAGAAUCCGAAGUUUUUGAAUCUUGGGCUUUGGACUGUGUGUUUCAAGAAUUUUACGGACAUCCACCGAUUUUAUGAUUACCGUUUUGAGGGGUGUAUGUGGGUAUUCGAAGAGGAAUACUAUAUAAUACACGAUUUCCUUUUGCCUGGAUUUUACAUCGCUGUUGAGUUCUUCUUUACUCUAACAUUUACAUUGCUGCUAGUAUCCGUAAUACUAACGCUGGGAAUAUUUGCCUUUUCUCGUGAAGACGACCGUUAUAUGGUAGUUUUACUCAGUAAUGGAGCCUCCCAAGUGGCUGGAGCUAUAUUUGGUUUGAUUGCUGUCAUCACAUUUGGUGCAAGAGGUGAUGGUAGAGAUUGGAUGCCUCAUUGGGAGCACAAUGAUAUGGGAUGGGCAUAUGCUUGUGCUUGUGUCGGCGUUUGUAUCUUAUUGCCCAGUGGGAUUUUGUAUAUGGCGGAAGCACGGCGAGAACGGUACAAGCAAUUGAAUGAGAUUGGUACCCGCGAAGCAAGUGCAUACAGCGUUGGUGAAGACAUUCGAAAAUAUCAGCAACGCCAGCAAGGCCAUACAGAUAUUUGAGGAGUCUAAAAUGCUUCGAAUCUAUCAACCAUUGGAAUCAUAAAUGUUCAUACAUUAAUGAAAAGUAUUUUUAAACAGUCCGUCCAUAAGAUUAUAUGACAAAUUUAAGAUUAUACACUUUAUUGACAAAAUAAUGUUGACGCAGAUAUGAAAAAGAAAUAAAUUCAUUUACUUGCUACU